AUACACAACGCAACCACUUAAGAAUUAUUCCAUUUUUAUUUGGCUUAUUCCUUCCUCCCUCUACAUGAUGGAUACAUUCUCUUGUAAUUCUUAUGAACAAAACCACCCCCAUGAUGAUGAUAUUGAUAUUGAUGCUCAUGAUCAUGAUUCUCAUGGUGGUGAUCAUCAAGAGGAGAGUGGAUGGACAACUUAUCUUGAUGAUUUCUCAAAUCAAUAUAGAACUACUCAUCAUGAAGAAAAUGAUCAUCAAGACAAGAGUUCUUAUUCACUUCUUGCCACCUCUACUUCUCUGGUCUCUGACGCCGCCACCCAUGCCUUUUCCGGCAAGAGUUUUCCCGUUAAUUUUCCGGCGAAACUGAAGUUUGGGAGGGGAAGAACCAAAAAGAUUUGUGAGGAUGAUUCUUUGGAGGACACGGCUAGCUCUCCGGUCAACAGCCCUAAGGUCAGUCACUUUGAACAUAUUCAGACGCCUCCUAGAAAAAUUGAGGACUAUGUCUCUUCUAGUUUCGUUAUGGUAAUCUCUCUAACUCUCUUUUCGAUACAAAUUAUUUCUCUCUCUAUCCUCUUUGCAAUUGAAUUCAUUAAUAAUUAACCCACAAGAAAAGAUUGAGAAGUUUCUUUUUGCAUAGUAUAUUAAGAUUAGACUUGGUUGUGUAUUAUUGUCUAUUGAUAACUCAAUAUUUCUUUUUUUAGUUAUAACUUAUAAGGAAGAUUCAGAGAUCUUCUAGUAUCAACAAUGUUUACACUAUAAUAUUUGAUGGAUAUAACACGUAAAUAUGUUUUUGAAACGGUUUACGAUAGGGAAAUAUUAGAGGCAUGGGGGAUCAUCAAAUCCAAAUACAAGAAGGUGGUGAACAAAAAGUGACGCUGAUGAGAAAUCUCAUUGACGGAAACAACAACAACAACAACAACAAUAUGGAUUUGAGGAGUAGAGGAUUAUGCGUCGUCCCUAUCUCCAUGUUGGCUAAUUUUAACGGUCGCUGCUGAAUAAUGAUAAUCAAUUCUAUAAACAUCCUUAAUUAACUAUAUAAACCCUUGUAAAUUUGGUGGUGUUUAUAUUCGUACCUAUCUUGUAUAUAUGUACUUGAUGUGUGUAUAUAUGUACAUCUUGAUGGGUAUGUGCUUUACAUAUAUAUGUAUAGCUUUCGUGUACAUAUAUAAAACACAUCGGUGGAUAUGUGUAAAGUACGACGUCUAUGUUUGCAAACAUUUUCUAAGAGCUACUAUAUCAUAAACUUUAUGAAAGUUUUCCAAAUACACACAUGAUUAUUUAUAGAGAUCUCUUAUUUAUAUCUCUAUAUUGAGAGAUAUUUUUUUGUUGGUAUAAAGUUUGAGAGAUUAAUACCUA